AAUAAAUUCAAAACAAAGUCGCUCUUCUUAGAGAGCCAAGUCCUUCACUCUAAAUUUCAUUUUAUUUUUAAUAAUUUUUCUGAGUGAUGUGAAGAAGAAUGUUCGAGCCAGAACACUUUCUAGAUUUGCAAGAUAAUUCGGCUUUUGGGGACCCAAAGUCCUGGCUCAACGGAGACGGCAACUCUUCCCCGAGUCAGCAUCGUACUCAACCCUCACUCGGAACAGCUAACAGUAAUGUGGAUAGCGUCCUUUUCAAGGACCUUGUCGAGAUCGUCCCUCUCGUUCAGUCCCUCAUCGAUCGGAAAGCGAACAGUUCAUUUACUCGGCGUGGUUCUGUAUUUUACACCAAGACGCCUUCAAGAGAAUCCUUAUACAAAAAAGUAGACCCAAAAGGUAGGAAUGUGGCUCAGUCCCUUCCCCCAAAGAAGAAGAAGGACCAUGGAGAUAAAGACCUAGGUAAGAAUGCUAGCAGUAACCAAGAUGCCGAAAGUUUCUCAAUAUUCUCCUCAAGGGCUUUGGCAUCUGAAAAAGAAAAGGAAGAGUUGGUUGCACUGAGAGAAGAAGUAGAGGAUCUAAGAAGAAAGUUAUUGGAGAAGGAUGAACUACUGAAAUUAGCAGAGAGCUCAAAAAGUGAGAUGAAUGCAGUUCAACUGAAACUUGAUGAGCUGAAACUCCAGGUUCAAGAGAAGGACUCCUUAGUUAAGUCUACACAGUUACAACUUUCUGAUGCAAAGAUAAAGCUUGCAGACAAGCAAGCUGCCCUGGAGAGGACACAAUGGGAAGCAAUGAUGGCAAAUAAGAAAGUGGGGAAGCUCCAGGAAGAACUGGAUUCUGUGCAAGGAGAGAUUUCAUCAUUUAUGCAGUUAUUUAAAGGCAUUAUUAAGACUGAUACCACUAUUGAUGCUAAUGAUGCUUAUGAUGUCACACCAUAUUAUUGUGAUCAUCCUUCUGUUAUUGAUGAUAUGGAUGACAUGGAGACACAAAAAAUGGAAGAAGCUAGAGAGGCGUACAUUGCUGCUGUAUCUGCUGCAAAGGAGAAGCAAGAUGAAGAAUCUGUUGCCGCAGCAGCCAGUGCAAGAUUGUAUCUUCAAUCAAUUGUCCUAAGAUCCAACAACUUUGCUAACCUUGGGAUUUUAGAAGCUCCUUCAAAAGCUUUUGCACGCUAGCUUCUUUACAGUCUGAUACCAAAUGUUCCAAAAGUUCACACCGAUUCUUCCUGUAACUUAUAUUGCUUUGUAUUUCCCCCAACAAAUGUGACUUGUUAGUAAUAUAUGCUUCAUUUAUGGUAUUAAAUCAAUAGCUUCUAUC